UCUUAGUCACCUCUUGACCUUAUCCUAUAGACCCUUUAAUGGCCGUUUGCCCCUGCAAAUAGCCAAAAUGAACGUGGAGCGGGAGUACUCCGUGGUGGGCACUUGGGAGCACACUAACGAAACUCUGGCCGUUCUCGAGGCCUAUGUCCCCCGAUUUUUUGCAGAUGCCUCUAAAAUGUACUACUCGGGUCUGCAUUCGGAUGUCCAGAAUUCCAACCCCAUGAAGCCGCACAUUCCUCAGAAUAUAAUCGAUAUGGUUCGCCGGAACUUCACUCGCGAAAUCGAAUUCUAUCAAUUUUGUCGCCAGCAUUUGCAUAAACAGUAUAUAGCCAUUAAGUUGAACGAACUCAAGAAAGUGGACAAGUCGUUGGCCAUGAUGGAAGAGGCCAAUGAAAUGGCCAUUAGGGACUAGUUUAAUAAGUUAGAAAAAGUUAAUAAAUCAAUUUUACGCAAACUAUGAUGGAUAUUUCUACUACUACUUCCUAUUAACCAAAAUCAAGCUUAAGAUUUAAGACUUAAAACAUAAAUGCUCUUAAAUUGAAAUACCUGAAAUAAAAGGAUGUUUCUUCAUCUGUACCUUCUUGACUUCCUCAAGUAUCUUCGAUUAAUUUUCGCAAAACUAUUCUAUCGCUUAAAACUUCCAAAGGAUAUUGAAAAUGGGUUGCUUUUUAACCUUGGCCAGUUAAGAUUAAAUUCUAAAAGAGGUUCUGCAUCUCUAGCUGAAAAACCUGAACGCCAACC